GCUAGCGAGGGGGCGGCGCGGGGCGCGCCUCCGGGGCAAGGGAUCAGGGCCGUCAGGACCCCCGGCCCCCCUAGCAUGGCUGAACCCCUGCUCAGAAAAACCUUCUCCCGCCUGCGGGGCCGGGAGAAACUUCCCCGAAAAAAGUCAGAUGUGAAAGAGAGAGGCCGUCCAGCUCAGCCCCCCGAGCCCUUGGCCCCGGCCGCUCCCCAGGCCGAGCCCCAGGCCGCGGGGCGGCCGCCGGGCGGAGAGGAGGCCCCCAGCUCCGAGCUGUCCCGCAGCCCCGGCCGCGGCGUCUACUUACAGAGCCUGGAGCCCAGCAGCCGGCGCUGGGUGCUGGGGGGCGCCAAGGCCCCCGAGGAGGCGCCCCGGGGCCCCGGGGCCGCGGGCCAGCCGGCCGGGGAGAUCUGGUACAACCCCAUCCCCGAGGAUGAGCCCGGACCCCAGGCCGGGCCGGGCAAGGGGCAGGACCGCGCGGCCCCCGGGGGUCCGCCGGCGGCCGGCGGCCCUCCGGGCUCGCCGCCGGCCAAGGGGGCCCGGGGGCCCAAGUCCCCCGGGCCGGCGCGCCGGCUCUCGCUGAAGAUGAGGAAGCUGCCGGAGCUGCGGCGGCGGCUCAGCCUGCGGGGCCCCCGAGCCGGGCGGGAGCGCGAGCGGGAGGGCGAGCGGGCGGCGCCCGCCGGCUCCGUCAUCAGCCGCUACCACCUGGACAGCAGCGUCGGGGCCGCGGGCGGGGCGGCGCGGGCGGCGGGGCGGGGAGGGCGGCCCGGCCGGCCCGGCCGGCCCGGCCACCUGAGCGACGGCGACUCCCCCGAGCGGCCCCGGCGGCCCGAGCCGGCCGCCUUCCGGCCCUACGAGCCGGCCCCGCAGCCCCGCGGGCCCCCGGCGCUGUGGGGCCGCCUCAGCCUGCACCUGUACGGGCUGGGCGGGCUGCGCCGGCCCCCGGGGCCCCCGGGGCCCCCGGGGCCCGUGCCCUGCGAGCCCUUCUGCCUCCUGCAGGUGGACGGGGCCCCCCGGGCCCGCACGGGGCCCCUGCAAGCCGGGCCCGGGCCCGACUGCCUGCGCCUGGACCACACCUUCCACCUGGAGCUGGAGGCGGCCCGGCUGCUCCGUGCCCUCGUCCUGGCCUGGGACCCCGGGGCCCGGCGCCACCGGCCCUGGGCCCAGGGCACCGUGCUGCUCCCGCCGCUCUUCCGAGGGUGCCGGGCCCAGCAGCUGGCCGUGCGGCUGGAGCCCCAGGGCCUGCUCUAUGCUAAGCUGACACUGUGGGAGCAGCGAGAGGCCCCGGGGGCCACCGAGCCCCGGGUCUUUGGCCUGCCCCUGCAGCUUCUGGUGGAGCGGGAGCAGCCCCCGGGCCAGGUGCCCCUCAUCAUCCAGAAGUGCAUUGGCCAGAUCGAGAGGCGGGGGCUGCGGGUGGUAGGGCUGUACCGCCUGUGUGGAUCCGCUGCGGUUAAGAAAGAGCUGCGGGAUGCUUUCGAACGGGACAGCAGGGCCGUCUGUCUGUCUGAGGAGCUCUACCCUGACAUCAAUGUUAUCACUGGCAUUUUGAAGGACUAUCUGCGGGAGCUGCCUACCCCCCUCAUUACCCUGCCGCUCUACCAGGUGGUCUUGGAGGCCAUGGGGCAGGGGCCAUCGGGCGGACGUGGGGCCGGCUGCCAGGACACCCGAGGACUCCUCCGCUGCCUGCCCGCCGUGGAGAGGGCCACCCUGACACGACUCCUGGAUCAUUUGCGCCUGGUCUCUUCCUUCCAUGCCCACAAUCGCAUGACGUCCCAGAAUCUGGCCGUCUGUUUCGGGCCAGUGUUACUGCCUCCCCGUCAGGCGCCGGCCCGAUCCCGGGGCCCCGGUCCCAGCAUUUCCAAUGCCGUCGACUUCAAACGUCACAUUGAGGUGCUCCACUACCUGCUGCAGGCCUGGCCAGAGCCCAGUCAGAACCCGGAGUCCCCGGAGUCCCCGGAAUCCCCCGAUGCUGCCAUUUACCUGCGCCCCAAACGGCGCCCCGCCCUGGACCUGCCGCUGGGCGACUCUUUAGUGGUGACGAGGCCCCGGUGCCGAGGGGGACCAGAGAGCCCCCCCAGCAACCGCUAUGCCGGCGACUGGAGCGUCUGCGGCCGGGACAUCCUCACCUGCAGCCGGGACUUCUUGUCUGGACCUGACUACGACCAAGUGGCUGGGAGUGACAGCGAGGAAGAGGAGGCGGCCGUGCAGGGGAGGGCUGGGGACUUUGAAGGAGAUUUUGCCUUGGUAGAUGACCCCGAGGCCCCCUUCAACACUCGCCUCAACCUCAAGGACUUUGAUGCCUUGAUCCUAGAUCUGGAGAGAGAGCUCUCAAAGCAGCUCAACGUCUGCCUCUGAGUCCCUCUCUCCACCCAGGAGGCUGUCGCCAGGGAGACCUCGGCCUGUUGCUGGGCACCAGCUCCUCAUUGCCAUGGACAAUUUCCCUGGUGUUAGGGACCACCCUCCUGUCGCUGGGAGGCAUCUUCCCCCGUCAGGAGGCACCGCUUUCUGGCCAAGGACCGUGUUCCCGUUCCCAGGGACCAUCCUUCCUGCCGUCAGAAGUCUUCUGGGACGGCCAGAGAGCUUUAGGAUUCCGAUGAAUUGCUGUGAGCACCCAAAUGGGGAGAGGGCCCAGGGAGCUGGGCCCUCCCCCAGCCCCUUUGCUGCUGCAGGCCAGAUCAGUAUUAGCUUGGGCCACCGCUGCUCAAUGCCACCCAGCCCCUCACUUAAGGAGACCUGAAGCCCCACCCCCUUCAAACUGGCUAGCAGUGAAGCAAGGGGAGAGCCCAACGCAGGUUCCUGAAGCUGCAGCCCCACGGCCAGCUCUCCCUGACCUUUUUCCUGACCUGGCAGAACUCUGCCUGGACCAAAACCCCGGGGGAGGGCCCAGCCCUGAGCCCUAGGACUGCAGCCCUGUCCCUGGGCCCGGGCGGCGGAGCCCAGCCUCUCAGUUGGAGGCGAGGAGGCGGGGAGCAAAGGGAGAGAAGGGAGGGAGGAGAAACAGAAAGUGGAGGCACGUCCACGAUUGUCCCUCGAGGACUGCUAGGGCACAAACUCCUGGCAGACGCACAAGGACUUUUGUGCAACUGUGGCAAUGUUGCCCUACUUCUUGGAAAUUACUCCCCCCCGCCCAUCCCUAGCCUCGUGCCCCCCUCACCCCCCCC